AUGUCAUCACAGGAUAAGUUUAUAUUAUAUUGGCUCGACGAGUCCAGAGCACACAGAAUCUUAUGGCUUCUUGAGCUUCUUGAGCUUGAUUACGAUGUGGAUGUCUAUCUACGCCACGAAGAGACCUGGAGGGGACCUCCUGAAUUGUUCCAUGUUCAUCCCUUGGGCAAGUCGCCCAUCUUGGAAAUCAAAUUUGCUGAUGGGAGACCCAACCUUCAGUUGGCUGAGUCGGGGUUGAUUAUUCUGUACCUUUUGAAGAAUUAUGACCCCCAGCGUCGGUUCCUGCCGAAAGGUGAAAGAGAACAGAUCAAGAUGGACUACUACCUUCACUACGCUGAGGGAACGCUUGAGGCGAUUUUGAUGUCCAUGUUGAUCAAUUCGACGGCAAAGCGUGUGGCUCCCCUUGGAAUGAGGACCCUUGCCAAGGUCUAUUCUCGUGGUGUGAACAACGGUUACUACAUCCAUGAAUACCAUCUCAAUUUGCGCUACUUGGAGCAACAGCUCCGUGCAGAAGGUACUGGCUACUUUGUGGGCGGCAAAUUGACUGGCGCUGAUAUCAUUUUGAGUUUCCCCAUCUACGAGAACUUGUUUGAUAACGAAGCUGGAGUCAAGGAAUGUGCUGACGAGACUGACUUAUAUAAGAAAUACCCCAAUCUCGCAGCAUGGUGUGACAAGAUCAAGAACAACCCUGCUUAUCUGCGUAUCACUGAUAUGAUGAGAGCCAAGGUUGACGAGAUGUACGCAAUGAAGAGACGAAGAAGGUGA